AUGAACUCUUUCAAUAUUGAAAUUCAUGCUGAAAAUGAUUUACAUGAAAUUAGAGCAUUUAAAUCUUUUUUUUUAUGUCAUAAAUCAAUAAAUAUGAUAAAUGAAUAUCGGACAAUGUGUUCGCAAAGUAAUAAUAAAUUAUAUAUUGAAGAAGGGAAUUUAAAAGUACAUGGAUCAAGUAUACAAUGGCCAUGUACAAUAGUAUUAGGAUUUGAUCGUGAAACAAUCCAAGCAGCACACAUUUUUAAACAAACUAAUAUUCAUUCUGUUUAUUGUCGACUUAUAUCAUUUACCUGUCCAUUGUACAAACAACAACAAAAGCUAUUUGAUGUUUUUGAAGAAGAAGAAUUAAUUGCUCGACGAGAUCUCACUAUUAUUGAACAUAAACUAUUUAAAAUAUUCGAUAGCAGAAAGAAAAUUGAACAACCACAAUUUGUAUCUUCAUUUACCGAUUUUAUAGAUAACAUAAAUACUAAAUUCCAUUUUGAUAAAUGGACUCAUUUGAUCGACUAUAACGAGUUUUAUCUUGCUGGUGGCUCUGUAGUUACAUGUUGCCUAACCAAUGCUCAAGUAUUUGACGGUCAAGAUUGUGAUUUUUUUUACAAAGGCAAUAAUAAAACAAAUUUCUUGAAAUCAGUCAAAAUAAUUCAAAGUAAACUAAUGCAAUGUUACUUUGUACAACGUACUAAUCAAGCUCGAAGUCGUAUUGUAAAUUUGGUUAUUCGAAUAAACACCAACGUUGAUAGUUUAUUCGAAAAAGAGAAGCAGGUCAAACUACAAUUUGUAUAUAUACAUGGUAAUUGCUCACCUUCGUCAGUUCUCACUUCGUUUGAUAUGGACUUACCUCAAUUUAUAUUUAAUGGCGUAAAAGUACUUGCUACAUCUGCAGCAAUCGAAUCUAUACGAACAAGAACAAUUAUUCAUUAUGGUUUAACUCGAGAUCAUAUGGAUUUUCCACGUAUAGCCAUUCGCAUUAAUAAAUAUUUGAAACGAGGAUUCAAAUUAUUGGUUCCACAUGCAUUUUCGACAUCCGAAUUCCUUCAUUGUUCUUUACAUAUCGGCAAUCAUACACAAGGAUCUAUCUAUUACGAUAAUUAUUAUUUCGAUUCUUUCAACAAUGUUACUGGUAGCAAUGCGAUAUUUGAAUUAGGAAAAAGAAAUUGUGACAUGUUUGAUAUUCAAAAUAAAUUUUGUUUUGAACUCAUGUCAAAUAUAUAA